CAGGUUUUGUAAGAGACCUCUCGAGCGGGAAAAUGGAAAGGGGCUGCGUCGAGUGUUUGUUAUGAAGACAUUUACAAACAUUGGAGCCGUUUAACGCAGUCUUGUGUUUUUAGCUUAGUGUUUUAAUCGAGCAACACUUUUUGAGUAAUGCUGCUAUAUGUGUGCGGUAUAACUAGCUGGUUUAGCCUGGUUUAGGGCUGUAACCGUUAAAAUUAAAAACUCCAUGAUGAAGCAAGAAUCUUUCUCCAGGUGUAAAGACCGAGAUUCAAAACUAGAGGGAUAUAAUGGCGCAUCAUCUAAAAGCAAAAUUAAACCAGCAAGCGAUGCUCUUCACAACAAACCAUUUAAAGGGAGAAUAUUUUAUUUGGAUCUGCCAUGGAAUAUGAAAACACAACUCUUGGAAAAUGACAUCAAGACACUUGGUGGUACAGUGGAAAAAUUCUUCAGUAAGGAGAUAAAGUAUCUUGUGUCCAGUAAGCCGGAGGCUCGUUAUGCCCAGCGUCUCCUACCGGACUCCCCAGCGCCCAGUCCGGAUUCGGGAGUCAGCUCUCCUCAUCCCGGCAGCAGGAGGGAAAGCCACGGGCACAGGGGCAGCUCUCAGGGAGUCACAGAUACGACUGCAGCUGUAAGUCGAGGCAAAUCUCUUGUUGAAAGAGUCGUUAAGGAACAAGAACGUGUUCAGAUGAAUGGGAUCCUGUCCAAUGCUGUGGAAUGGGGGGUCAAAGUCCUGCAUGUUGACGAUGUUAUUUCAUACGUUGACAAGAAGAAAGCUAAAGUAAUUGCAGUGAAUGCAGCUAAUCCAGUGGUUAACGGAGCUGCUCGCAUUCAGCACACAGAGAAAAAUGCAUAUCAAAGACACAAUGCUGGAAGAAUUCGUCGACCGUUUAUAAAAGUGGAAGACUCAAGCAGGCAUUAUCGUCCCAUCUACCUUCCACUGUCCAACAUGCCUGUGUGCAACCUCCGCUCUCUUCCUCCCUGCAGUCCGUUCCUGAUGGAGGAACAUGGAAAAGAUGAUACAAAGAAGAAACAGAAUGAGCAAAGGUCUGGAGGGGAACGAGGGACUCGAGGGAAGAAAGAGAGGCGCAGAGGACAUGAAGGCAGAGAAAAGAGGAAAGGAGGUUACUGUGAGUGCUGUGAGGUCAAAUUUGACAACCUAAAAGCGCACUUGGAGAGUGAGCAGCAUCAGGCUUUCUCAAAGAGUGAGGAAUAUAGAGUCUUGGAUCGAGUCACAGCGGGACUGACCUGCGACCUCAUGAACAUCAGCACGCACUGUAGAAGGGUGAAAUGCAGUACAUCAACCCCUCUUCUGUUUGCUGAAGCCAUGUUGCCAGUAAAGGAAGAUGUGGGAUCUGUGAAUGGUGAUUGGAAACAGGAAAGUGAGGGGUCUUUGCUUUGGGACUCGACAGCAAAGCACUGUCUCUCAGAACAGACCAUAGGAAAACCUCUGCUGGUUCGCAAACGCAGCAGGGGCCAGUGUGAAUUCCCUUGUAGCAACAGGGACAGCUUGUUUGACCAAUCCGACAUUCCGGAGAAGUCCCAGUCCAAGCGUGGAUCCUUUGAGUGGGACUACCACUUGCGAUCUGCUGUGCGGAAAUCUGAAGGUGCAUCUUUUCUCAGCAGAGAGCAGAACUGUGACUCUAAUGCACUUGAAUGCAGGACAGACCAACAAACCAGGAAAAACCCUGACACACACCCAGCUCAAGAGUUCAAUGAAAGAAACCAAGAAACAAUAACUGGAAAUGAAUACUUUAGGACUAACUGCAGUGAAAUGUGUACGCAAAGUAUGCCUGAAAAUCAAGUUGAAAAUGAAGCUCUUUGGCCUUUAGCCAGCACAGAACCUGAACCGGACUGUGACACCCCCUAUAAUUCCCUUCAACGGAAGGUUCGGAACGUCAGACCCAGGAGAAGAAAGCAAGUACCAGCCUUGCACAUCGAAUCUAGUAAAGAGAGAGAAUCAUUGGGCUCUUUUUCACUUGUUAAACCUGUACAGGAGUGUGAGAGUGAGACAGUGUCUAUCCCGGACCUGUGGGAUCUCUUUCAGUCCAGUGACAACAUGGAUGAAGACUUUAAGGGUUUUUGAGAUUAAUGCUGGGUAGUAAAAAUUGAACAACAACAAUUGAACAAUUGAGUGGACAACACAUAUGUAUGUGUUAUAAAAGUUAUUACUAUGCCAAAUAAUAUAUAUAUAUAAUAUAUAUUAAUAGAUCUGUGUUUUUCAGUAGAAUGGAAAACUGCAUUCUCACCAUACAGGCUUUAAAAGAACUUUGAUUAUAGACUGGAAAAAUACAUACUGACUAUAUAGUGAAAAAUGAGUGGAGCUACACAGUGAGUAUGUACAUUUAUGUUGUGUAUGUUAUUGAAGUAUAUAACACCUAUGAUACAGUCUUGAAAUGAUUUCCUGGUUCCUGUAUUAAAUUGAAAAUAUUUUUUA